ACUCCGGCCAGAUUAACGACGGUGUACUUCUGGACUCUCAAUACGGAACCAUCGACGCCGGACGACAGACGCUUCCCAGACCCGUUUCUAGCGUAGUUUGACGCCGAACCCGAGCCAGUUUGGACCCCGGCGAGGCUUCAUGUGAAUAGUGGACCGGGCUAGCAGGUUGAUCCAUGAUGAUUUCACCGUGGGACCGGUGGUACUCGACGAGCUGCUGCCUGUGCUGCCAUGUCCGGACCGGCACCAUUAUCCUGGGAAUAUGGUACAUGCUCAUCAAUGCAGUCGUCCUACUCAUCUUACUGUCGGCACUCAAUGAUCCCGUCCAGUACCGGUACCACCUCACCAGUUCGGAGCUCGGAACAGACAUCGACGUCAUGGAUGACGCGAAUAUCUGUAUAGCCACCGCUAUUUCCCUCCUCAUGAUUCUUAUAUGUGGCAUGGCAACGUACGGCGCCUACAAGCAACAUGCGGCUUGGAUCAUUCCGUUCUUCUGCUACCAAAUCUUCGACUUUGCCCUUAACACUCUGGUGGCCAUUAGUGUGGUGGUUUACCCGAACACGGUGCAGGACUACCUGCAGCAGCUGCCAGGAACGUUCCCUUACAAAGAGGACAUUAUGUCCACCAACAACAUGUGCCUAGUCUUCGCAGUCCUGCUCUUCAUCGGCUGCAUCCUUUCAUUCAAGGCCUACCUGAUUGGCUGCGUGUGGAACUGCUACAGAUACGUGAGUGGACGGGGGACGACGGAGGUUCUGGUUUAUGUCACCACCAACGACACCAUGGUUCUGCUGCCACCAUACGAGGAAGCGGUGGCCAUCCCUCCGAAAGAGCCGCCGCCCCAGUACAUGGAGGCGUGAGCGUCGUCCAAACAUCCGUCCAUCCAUCUUCCCACAGCCCCGGACGACGCCCGGAACCUUGUGAAAAGCGAGAAAGUCUUAGCUUGGCCAACUCUAGAUUAGAUUAGCGCCUCAUCGAGCCAGUGUUUGUGCUCCGCCGAGCGCCCCCCUCACUCCCAACCUUUCUUUGUGACAUAUUGUCGUCCUCUCUUCAAGGACUGAAAGGCUCCUACCCCUCCCCUCCUGGCAGCAUCUAAACUCUUGAACACUUUGUCCCUCCUCAGUGGUUCCCUGGAGGAGAUGGUGCUGCACUCCGGCCAACAACUGUUAACCCCCAAAUACUGUGAAUUCCCCCUGUGACCUUGUGUUUAGCUAAAAAAAAAAAAAAAGGAUUUGAUUAUGCAAGAGCACUUUUUUUCCAGAAAAACCCCACUUCGAAUGUAAUGUUGGGUAUUUUUGUAUGAAUUUUUUUGUAUGUAAGAGUGAAAAACAGAGAGAAAAAGAUGAGACUACUAGUGACGCAUCAACCUGUUAUGGAGUUCGUCCUGCAGGGGGCUCUUCAGUCUCGCCAGUGUGUGUCUGAGUUCCAUUUAGGCUCAGAAGUCGACACUAUCUGGAGUUGAAGUUGGAGUAAAUUGGAGAUAAAAGUGGGGACUGUAGUGGCCCCAUGUUUUAACCACUAUGUUAAACUUCAGCAGUGAUAUUCUGAGUGGAACUCAGCCACGGAGGCCUCUGUGAUGAGCAGUAACAAACAGCAGCCCUGCAGGAACAACAACAAGGAGAAUUCAUUUUCUACCUUUUUCUUGUCUAUCCCUGAAUUUUUUUUUUAAUAUGGAUGUGUUAGUGUUACUGAGCAGCUGGACUGAUGGCAACUAAGAUGAUGUACAGCUGUUUCCUUUACGUCCACACGACUCCAGUGUAAUUAAUAAGCACAUAUCUGUGUGUGUGUGUGUGUGUGAACGCUAGAAAAUUUCUGAGCCAGCAAAUGAUUAUUAAAAAGUUUUAAAAUCUGGUGGUUAAUUUUGAAAACCCUCUCUGCCCUCUCUUCUACAAUUCUUUUAGAUGCAGCGAAUGAGACAUGAGCAUGGGUAUGACAUGUCAGCACCAGUAUGCUAAAUGUACUGCCAUCUCUUCAACUUCAUAAUAGUCCCAUAGUGCACUGCAACAGCUCACAAUGACGGUUAAAUGUAGAAAACAGGCUGAAAAUACUUCAUGUUGAUGUAUCAGACCUGGUGUGUGACAUCAGUGUAAAAUUAAUGUGUGUGUGUCCCAUAUGCACCUUACGUCAGAGAUGAUGUUUUGCUUCUUCAUUUGUUGUGUAUUGCUUCAGGUGCAGUUUGGCUUCAUGCCAUGAACCAGUGUCGCAUUUGCUCGGAGGGAUUUGGAAACGUUGCUUAGCUUAGCAUCAAUGAAGUCAACCAUUCCUGCGAUGAUCCACUUUGUCCUUCAAUCUAUGCAAAAGUGUAUCACGACUUAGUAAAUCUGGAAGAAGCAUUCAUCUGUUUGAUACUAACAACUGUAGUUGUGACUGCUGCCUCCGAAAUCGUCGUCCUUCUGUGAACUAUGACCUCCGCUUUUGCAAAUCCAACAAAAAGAGGCAGCUUAAGGUCAGGGUUUGUGCCGUGCUAGCUGCGCUUCACCUUGUCAUGUGUGACACAAACGUGUGACGGAGACAGGACUGAGUCCGCUGAGUCGGCUCUUUCAUCAUGUGUCGCCGCGUGAAGCGUUUGUUGGUUUUGCAUCAGCUCUUCUUGUCACAUCUGCUGAAUAAAAGUCAAUAAAGAAAU